CACCUCCUGCUCAUCUUCCUCUCCCUCCUCCCGCUUAUCUUCCUGCUCCUCUUGUUUCUUCCCAUUGCUCCUCCCGUGUCUUCUGCUCCUGCUCAUUUUUCUCCUCCUCAUCUUCCCGUGGCUCGUUUGUCCUGCUGCUUCUAAUCGGCCCCGCUCAUCUCCUGCUCUUCCUCCUCCUCUCCUCCUUCAGCCCUCGACCGCAGCGGGGCGGGGGUGAGGGGCCCUCUGCCCACGCGACGCUGUCAUCAGCUGUGACGCCGAGCAUGUGGCGUGUUAGUGAUGAUGAUGAUGUUAUUGUUGAUGUUUGUUGAUGUCUGCACAACUCCUGCACUGUGUCGCGCAGGAAGCGAGUGCCCUUUAGUCACCACUGACCGCCAAACACGAUUUGAAUCCACACCCUUCAACUCUGCAGGAACUAAUGCGCGUGUCUAACAGAGACACGUGACAGUUCACCAGCCUUGUGAGCUCCUCAAUGCUUGCUUUAAUUGUGCACUCCCAGAAGGAAUACCGUGUGGCUGAUGUGCUGUGUAAAGCAAACUUUUAUUUAUUUAACGUGGAGAGACAAAGGUGGUGAGCCGAUGCGAAUUGUCCGGUUGUUUAUUGCGUCACGUGGCGGAUUUGGUAAACAUGGCAGAGGCGCGGGGAGGGAGGGGAUUUGUCGUUCGCAGUGCGGCGAACAGUGCGGAUAACGGGGAUGGUAAUCCUGGUGACAGAGUAACGGGGCUGGUGACAGAGUAACAGGGUUGGUAAUCCUGGUAAUAGAGUAACGGGGAUGGUAAUCCUGGUAACAGAUUAACGGGCUGGUGACAGAGUAACGGGGUUGGUAAUCCUGCUGACAGAGUGACGGGGCUGGUAACAGAGUAACGGGGCUGGUAAUCCUGGUAACAGAGUAACGGGGCUGGUGACAGAGUAACGGGGCUGGUAAUCCUGGUGACAGAGUAACGGGGCUGGUAAUCAUGGUGACAGAGUAACGGUCGCUGGUGACAGAGUAACGGGGCUGGUAAUCCUGGUGACAGAGUAACGGGGCUGGUGACAGAGUAACGGGGUUGGUAAUCCUGGUAACAGAGUAACGGGGCUGGUGACAAAGUAACGGGGCUGGUAAUCCUGGUGACAGAGUAACGGGACUGGUGACAGAGUAACGGGGUUGGUAAUCCUGGUAACAGAGUAACGGGGCUGGUGACAGAGUAACGGGGCUGGUGACAGAGUAACGGGGCUGGUAAUCCUGGUGACAGAGUAACGGGGCUGGUGACAGAGUAACGGGGCUGGUAAUCCUGGUGAUAGAGUAACGGGGCUGGCGACAGAGUAACGGGGCUGGUAAUCCUGGUGACAGAGUAACGGGGCUGGUAAUCCUGGUGACAGAGUAACGGGGCUGGUGGCAGAGUAACGGGAUUGGUGACCGUCGCUCGCUAUCCCCCGGGCGGGGGAAGCCCCUCGCAGGGUUCCCCGUGACGUCACGCGGAGGCGGCGCGCGCGCCGUCGCGCUCCUUGUUUGGGCAUCAAAUACCAAACAUGGGGCUCGGCUUCUAUAAAUGGCAAUGACCGCUUCACGCGGCGGGCCGGAGCGCUCCGCCGCGUGAAGCGCAAAUCUAAUCGGCGCUCGGGCCAGCUCGCCGAGGCCUCGCAACGGGUUCCGCUGCUCGCGCCGAAGCCGUCGGGACCCUGGCAAGGGGCUCUCGGUCGCGGUCUGGGGCGCCGGGAGUCGGCGGACGCGCGCGCACUAUUUGCGGGCGCGGCGUGACACGCGUGCUGCGCGUGUUUAUGGGGCCGCGCGCGGCGGCCGCGUGCGACUCGGGGCCGGGAGACCGCGCCCCGCAUGGAGGGGCCCGUUUCGCGCUCCGCGCCUCGCAUGGAGACCCCGAAUAGGGGGCCCGCGGCCGGCUCCGGCCUCUCCCUGCGGGGUCACUCCGACUGCAAGAUGUCCGAGGGGGCCUCUGACGAUAGCGACGACGACAGCCUCGGCAGCGGUGAGGCGGCGGGGGCGGUAGCGAUGGCCCAGGGGGGUCCCGGCCGCGACGGGGUCUCUGGGGGGCCCUGCUUCCCCGGGCGCGACCCCAUGGAGCCGGGGCGCGGCGCGGCGCCCCCGGGACUGAAGCCCGGCAAGAAGACGCGCGGUCGCGUCAAGAUCAAGAUGGAGUUCAUUGACAACAAGCUUCGGCGGUACACCACGUUCAGCAAGCGCAAGACGGGCAUCAUGAAGAAGGCGUACGAGCUGUCCACGCUGACCGGCACGCAGGUGAUGCUGCUGGUGGCCAGCGAGACGGGCCACGUGUACACGUUUGCGACGCGCAAGCUGCAGCCGAUGAUCACGAGCGAGAGCGGCAAGGCGCUCAUCCAGACGUGCCUCAACUCCCCCGACUCGCCACCGCGGCCCACGGCCGCCGCCGCCGCCGCCACGGCACCUGACCCUGGCGCCGAGCAGAGGAUGAGCGCCAGCGGAUUCGAGGAGACGGAGCUCAGCUACCAGAUUGGGGAGCCGGACGUCAUGGAGGACAGCAAGGUGGGAGCGGAGUCUCUGAAGCCCACGCUCUUCACCAUCACCAACUUCCCGGGUUCCUCGCCCGGGCCGCACCACUUCUCCAGCCCCAGCUACUCCCCACCCUCCUCCUCCACGGGCCCCCCAACCAGCAUGGCGGGCGGCCACAUGGUGGGCGGCGGACAUUCCUGCAAGACGGCCCAGGGGGGCCACAUGCAAACGCACGGCAACGUGUCCUCGUUCACCCUCAUGUCAGGAAACUCGCAUGCGGGCGGCGCCCCACCCGGGGGUCACACGCAGACGCAGCAGAUGCAGGGACACUCCCUCUCAGGUGGGGUCGCCGUCUCGCAGCUGCUGCCCUCCACUGCCCACGGCCACGUGGCGUUGCCCCAGGGAGCGCAGCUGGUGGCGGCGUCAGAGGGCAGCGGCUGCCAAUCGCUGGGCGGCAACGUGGCAGUGCCCAUCCCGGCCACGCUGGUGUCAUCCAGCAUGCCGGUGUCAGUGGCGGGGCACGUCAUGUACCAGGCGCCGCACGGCAUCAUGUACGCGAGCUCCCCCUCGCUGGGCGGCGACGGCACCAGCCUCAGCGGGGGCCUCGCCGUGCACCUCAACGCCUUCCACGGGGGCCCGGCCUCCAUGCAGCUCCACCACGGCCCUGGGCCCACGCCCGAGCAGGGUGGCCUCCAGCAGCUGAUGUUCGCUGGUCCCAGCGGCCCUGUGCACAUCCCUAUGCAGCUCCAGCAGAUGGCCGUGAUCGGACCGACGAUGAGCAGCGAGUCUCUGACGGAGCUGCACGUGGCUCGCGUGACGGAACACAAGCCCGCCGCCAAUGGCAACUGAGCCCCCUGCCUCCUUGCCCACUCGCUCACACAACUCGCCGCCCCGACCUCCAUUGACUGUGGACUGUGGCCUCCUCGCGCGCUGAAGAGGGUGGAGCUGAGCGGAGCAACACCGCGGCCCAUGGGGCUCCGCGAGAGUUGGGCGGCUGGCCCAACCAGACCUUCUUUCCGUGCCAUUUCACUGUAUAUAUGUACAUUGUGUUUUAUUAUUAUUAAUGCACCAAAGAAUAAUAUAUUUCCUAUUUUUUGAAAUGUAAUGCAAUACUUUGCGUUUGCGGGUGCUGAGCAGCAGCACUGAAGACACGCUGUGGCCUUGUUUGUAACAUACACUGAAAACUCCACUAUUUUAUAAGCGUUUUUAUGCAAUUAUUUACUGUAGCUUCCGACAUUGAGAAAAGGGAGCCCGCAGAGCUUGCGUGAGGAGGUCUCGCCUUGAGGCCCCGCAGGCCCCGCAGGCCCCGCAGGCCAGACCUCCUCCGCAGGAGCCGCACUUUACUGGGCUCCCGCUGCCUUGUCAAUGUACCUCGACACGUGGUCUCACUGCCUUAAGGAACCUGUACGUGUGGUCCGUAGCUGCCUUGUUGUUGAUGUGUGUGGAUCCUUGCUGACUUGUCGAGUCUCCACUUCGGGGGGGGGGGGGGGCUCUCACUGCUGCCUUACCAGUAUUCUCCAGGGGAGGCUCUGCUGUAUUUAUGGACCUCAGCCAUAGAGGCUUUUGUUGGCAUGUGCUGAGGGGUUUUCACAUGAAUAUCUUCCGUUGGGUGAUAAGUUGUCCAUGCUUGAUGGGUCUCUACAUGGAGGUCUUCCUUGUUGAAUGGGUCUCCAUGUGAAAGCUCUCCCUGGUUGAUGAACCCUCACACGGAUGUUCAUGGGUCUCCAUGUGAAAGCUCUCUCUGGUUGAUGAACCCUCGCACGGAUGUGCAUGGGUCUCCAUGUGAAAGCUCUCCCUGGUUGAUGAACCCUCACACGGAUGUGCAUGGGUCUCCAUGUGAAAGCUCUCCCUGGUUGAUGAACCCUCACAUGGAUGUUCAUGGGUCUCCAUGUGAAAGCUCUCCCUGGUUGAUGAACCCUCACAUGGAUGUUCAUGGGUCUUCAUGUGAAAGCUCUCCCUGGUUGAUGAACCCUCACACGGAUGUUAAUGGGUCUUCAUGUAAAAGCUCUCCCUGGUUGAUGAACCCUCGCACGGAUGUUCAUGGGUCUUCAUGUGAAAGCUCUCCCUGGUUGAUGAACCCUCACACGGAUGUUCAUGGAUCUCCAUGUGAAAGCUCUCCCUGGUUGAUGAACCCUCACACGGAUGUUAAUGGGUCUUCAUGUGAAAGCUCUCCCAGGUUGAUGAACCCUCGCACGGAUGUUCAUGGGUCUAUGUGAAAGCUCUCCCUAGUUGAUUAACCCUCGCACGGAUGUUCAUGGGUCUAUGUGAAAGCUCUCCCUGGUUGAUGAACCCUCACACGAAUGUUCAUGGGUCUUCAUGUGAAAGCUCUCCCUGGUUGAUGAACCCUCGCACGGAUGUUCAUGGGUCUUCAUGUGAAAGCUCUCCCUGGUUGAUGAACCCUCGCACGGAUGUUCAUGGGUCUUCAUGUGAAAGCUCUCCCUGGUUGAACCCUUGCACGGAUGUUCAUGGAUCUCGAUGUGUGAAGCUCUCCCUGGUUGAUGAACCCUCACACGGAUGUUCAUGGGUCUUCAUGUGAAAGCUCUCCCUGGUUGAUGAACCCUCACACGGAUGUUCAUGGGUCUCCAUGUGAAAGCUCUCCCUGGUUGAUGAACCCUCACACGGAUGUUCAUGGGUCUCCAUGUGAAAGCUCUCUCUGGUUGAUGAACCCUCGCACGGAUGUGCAUGGGUCUCCAUGUGAAAGCUCUCCCUGGUUGAUGAACCCUCACACGGAUGUGCAUGGGUCUCCAUGUGAAAGCUCUCCCUGGUUGAUGAACCCUCACAUGGAUGUUCAUGGGUCUCCAUGUGAAAGCUCUCCCUGGUUGAUGAACCCUCACAUGGAUGUUCAUGGGUCUUCAUGUGAAAGCUCUCCCUGGUUGAUGAACCCUCACACGGAUGUUAAUGGGUCUUCAUGUAAAAGCUCUCCCUGGUUGAUGAACCCUCGCACGGAUGUUCAUGGGUCUUCAUGUGAAAGCUCUCCCUGGUUGAUGAACCCUCACACGGAUGUUCAUGGAUCUCCAUGUGAAAGCUCUCCCUGGUUGAUGAACCCUCACACGGAUGUUAAUGGGUCUUCAUGUGAAAGCUCUCCCAGGUUGAUGAACCCUCGCACGGAUGUUCAUGGGUCUAUGUGAAAGCUCUCCCUAGUUGAUUAACCCUCGCACGGAUGUUCAUGGGUCUAUGUGAAAGCUCUCCCUGGUUGAUGAACCCUCACACGAAUGUUCAUGGGUCUUCAUGUGAAAGCUCUCCCUGGUUGAUGAACCCUCGCACGGAUGUUCAUGGGUCUUCAUGUGAAAGCUCUCCCUGGUUGAUGAACCCUCGCACGGAUGUUCAUGGGUCUUCAUGUGAAAGCUCUCCCUGGUUGAACCCUUGCACGGAUGUUCAUGGAUCUCGAUGUGUGAAGCUCUCCCUGGUUGAUGAACCCUCACACGGAUGUUCAUGGGUCUUCAUGUGAAAGCUCUCCCUGGUUGAUGAACCCUCGCACGGAUGUUCAUGGGUCUCGAUGUGUGAAGCUCUCCCUGGUUGAUGAACCCUAACACGGAUGUUCAUGGGUCUUCAUGUGAAAGCUGUCCCUGGUUGAUGAACCCUCGCACGGAUGUUCAUGGGUCUCGAUGUUUGAAGCUCUCUUGGUUGAUGGAACCUCACAAGAAUCUCCAUGGGUCUCCAUUCGAAAGCUUUCACGUUUGAUGGGUCUCUCCGGGUGAAGGUUCUCCCUGGCUGAUGGGCCUCCAUGUGGAGGCUCGCACAGCCUGUGAAGGCCGGGCCAACGUGGACCGCUGACCCCACGACUCUUGUGUUAGUGCCCGUGCCCGGUGGCUGAAUUUCAAACACUGUACAUGUCACUGUACACUACUGUAAAUAAAUUCGUUCUGCACAAAU